GAAUCCUUCCAAAAUCUUUUAUUUUGUAAUUAUUUUGCACAAAUGAGUGAACGCUCAACAUUACAUGUAAUCGAGGUGGUUUCCUACACCACAAAUUUCUGAAAUUUCACGCAUUUUCUUGGAGUCGUCGGCAAUCGAGUGUAAGAAAACAAUGGACAGCACAGAUAUAGAGUUGAAUAUACCGUCUUGGGCGCAAAUUUGGGCGGAAAUCUGUCCAGUGGAGAAACGUGGAACCAACACUUUGGAUGAGUGCCAGCAAAUUUGCCUCCAAAUUAUCAUUCUGGUCUUCAUUUCGGCAGCCUCGGCUUAUCACUUUGGCCGUCAGCUCUACACUGUGGUGCGUACGCGAAGGCAAAUCUGGACAAUACGCGCAAGAAUCGCCAUCGUAGGUUCUUUAGGCAUUCUGCCAGUGGCCAGAACGUAUUUCAAACUCACGAAUGACGUGACCAUUUGGCCUAUAGACAUCCUUCUGUCGUGUUUCGAGUGCAUCACGUGGAUUGUGCAUCUCGGAUUCCAGCUGUCCCUGCGGAGACGCGGCAGCGUCAAUUCCCGCGGGCCACUCAUUAUCACAGUCUUGUGGGCUUUUGCCUUUGUGCUCAGCAUCACAUGGCUGCAGGAAGGUCUCAGCAAGCCCAACUGGGGUUGGCGUCUUCCGACUCUAGUCCUGCAAUUCCUCUACGGUCUGACGUUGAUACCGGCAGGCCAAGGCAGACUUGUCACGCGCUUGAAUCGCGAUGAGGAAGAGCGCCAGGCUCUGCUGAGCAAUCGAUAUGUGCGCUUCCAACAAGGAGCUGAAGAGGCUUCUCUCGGCCCAGCUCAGGAUGGUGUGGCGUGUCUCUCGAGAUUACUAUUCUACUGGGUGAAUGAUCUCAUUGAGAAAGGCGUGGAGGGUGCGCUAAGGAAAGUAGAAGAUCUUUUCGAUCUGCCAGACUGUCUCUCAAUUGUGAGUAUAACUGAGAGAUUCCAGAAGAGUAUUGAUCAGACAAAGACAAUAUUCUGGGCACUGCACAAGUCAUUUGGCCGGGAAUUCUACACUAUUGGUCUUCUGAGAUUUCUCGGAGACAUUUCUGGAUUUGCUGGUCCACUGCUCCUCGGUGGAUUGAUUGGAGAGGAGACUUCAGAAACCUCGCCAUUUCUCUAUGCUUUCGGUCUCUUUGGAAGUGCAAUUGUCGCUGCAAUCAGUGGUGUGCACUUCAACUGGAGAAUAUCUCUUGUCACGAUGAGGAUGCGCGUGGCCAUAGUCACGGCGAUCUAUCGGAAAUCUCUGGAGGCGCGCGGCUUGAAGAAUGCCCGACCAGACAUUCUAAAUCUCAUGUCAACAGACACAGAUCGCAUAGUGAACUCCUGCGUGAGCUUCCACUCCUUCUGGAGCAUCCCAUUUCAACUCUUCACCACACUUUACCUGCUCUACACUCAAGUUGGUGUGGCAUUUGUUGCUGGCGUGCUGUUCGCCGUGGCUCUGAUCCCCAUAAAUCGCUGGCUCGCUCUGAGAAUAGCCAAACUGUCCCAGGGACUGAUGAUGGCAAAGGAUGCACGAGUAUCUCUCUGUUCAGAGGCCUUGGCAGGGGCGAAGCAAAUUAAGCUGUACGCUUGGGAAGAUAUCUUCGUGAAGAGAAUCAAAGAGUUGCGAGGCACAGAAUUGAAAUUCCUCGCCAAGAGGAAAUACUUGGAUGCCGUUUGUGUGUACUUUUGGGCAACAACGCCCAUUCUUAUGUGCCUCCUCACAUUCGGCAUGUCCGUGCUCACGGGAAACAUCCUCACGCCGGCCACAACUUACACAAGUGUGGCUCUGCUGAACAUGCUCAUUGGGCCACUGAACGCCUUUCCUUGGGUGCUGAACGGCCUCACCGAGGCGUGGGUGUCGCUGAAGAGAGUGCAAGAGCUCAUGUCGCUGCCGAACAUCGAUCUGACGCAGUUCUACUCGCCAGUGGAGAACACAAAGAGCCAGAGGAAGGAGAGACCAGUGGUGCUGUCCAUUGAGGAUGCGACCUUCGAUUUUGAAUUCACACGACAACGCGAUGGAAAUGAGAUCGUCGUUGACGACGUGGUGGACUUUCGGCUGGAAGAAGUGUCGCUUGUGGUGAAGAAGGGCGAAUUGGUGUGCCUAGAAGGUCCUGUAGGUGGUGGAAAAAGUUCUCUCCUCUCCGCAAUUGUUGCGGACUUGAGUUGUGCGAGUGGAACGGUGAGCAUUCAGGAUCUUCACUCGGGCUUCGGAUACGUCGGGCAGUCUCCGUGGCUGCAGAGAGGCACGAUCAGAGAGAAUAUCGUUUGGGGUGCUGUUUUCGAUGAGCAACGCUACAAGAGCGUGGUGAAUGCGUGCGCCCUGACAGAGGAUCUCAUGCAACUGGGUGGCGAUCAUGUGGGCGUCGGUGAAGGUGGACAGACAUUGUCGGGCGGGCAGAGAGCGAGAGUCGCUCUGGCUCGAGCUGUGUACCAAAACAAAGCGAUUUACCUCAUGGACGACGUGUUGUCCGCACUGGAUGCUCACGUGGCGUCUCACAUUGUGAAGCACUGCCUCCUGGGACUUCUGGCCACGAAAACACGUAUCAUCAUCUCGGAGAAUCGCACACUGCUGCUUCAUGCUAGUCAGAUUCUUCACGUGAACGGCGGCAGAGUGACUCACAGUGAGCUCAUGAACGACUUCUCAGACGACGAGACUGAAGAGAUGGAAGAAACUGGCCCAGAGAGUGUCUUUACAUCCGUCCAACUUGAGGCUAGCAUUGACGAGGAGAAGAAGAGCGUGGACAGUAUUAUGCUGGAGGAGAGUCGCGAGUAUGGGACCAUUAAAUCAGGAGUCAUCUUUAGCUAUUGGAAAGCGAUGUCCAAUGCCGUGGCCUUCACGGUUUUCCUCGCCAUAAUCCUCAUGCAGGCGUCCAGAAACAUCUCGGACGUGUGGCUAGCUCAUUGGGUAUCUCAGUAUGGCCAAAACACCACUGGAGAUCCAUCCGUGGGGUAUUUUCUGGGCAUCUAUGCCGGCCUGGCGACAUCAAACUCUGCCUUCACGCUCAUUCGUGCCUUCCUAUUUGCCUAUGCUGGCAUUCGAGCAGCUCAGCAUGUUCAUCAGAAACUCCUGAAGCGCGUUUUUGCAGCAAAAUUCCAAUUCUUCGACGUGACGCCUUUGGGCAGGAUCCUCAAUCGUUUCUCUUCGGACACUUACACUAUCGACGACUCGCUGCCAUUUAUCUUCAACAUUCUGCUGGCACAGAUAUUUGGGUUGGCCGGGGCCAUCAUCAUCACACUGAUCGCCCUGCCGUGGCUAAUUCUCCUCAUCGUGCCCAUGUGUCCAGUGUACGUUAAUCUGCAGUCACGCUAUCGGCACGCCUCGCGGGACAUUAAACGCUUGAGCAGCAACGCUCUGUCGCCUCUCUAUGCCCACUUUACGGAGACACUGCGAGGCAUGACCACGAUACGAGCGAUGCGCGCCUCUGGACGCUUUCGGCGAGACUUCCUGGUGAAGGUGGAGGAGAGCACUCGAGCGCAAUUGGCGGCAUCGGCUGCCCAACAGUGGCUCGCAUUGCGUCUGCAAUUUCUGGGCGCUACUCUAGUCGGCGGAGCAGGCAUUCUGGCGGCUCUCACGUCCACUCAUGAGACUGACCCGAGCUUCGUGGGACUCGCUAUUUCCUACGCUCUAUCCAUAACGAGCCUCCUGGGCGGUGUGUUGAACGCUCUGGCGGAGACUGAACAGGAACUGAUCGCCGUGGAGCGAGUGAGUCAAUACUGCGAUCUUGAGGGCGAAGUCAAUGCCUCUGGCGGCGUCGAUCCACCUUUUGGAUGGCCUUGCCAGGGAGUUGUGAGUUUCGACAAUGUCGUGAUGAAGUAUCGCGAUCACUUGCCACCCUCCCUCAAUCGCGUCUCCUUCGAGACGAGCGCAUUCGAGAGGUUGGGCAUCGUGGGACGCACAGGAGCCGGCAAGACGUCGAUUGUUGCCGGUAUCAUGAGAGUCGCGCCGCUUGCGCUCGGCAAAAUUGUGAUUGAUUGUGUCGAUGUGGCGACGCUGCCGGUGAAAGAGCUGCGAAGGCGGAUCGCUCUGGUGCCUCAGGAGCCCUUCCUCUUCGGCGGCACUGUACGGGACAAUCUCGAUCCGAGGCGAGAGCACUUCGAGUCGGAGAUUUGGAGUGCCAUUUCGGCGUGUUUGGCGGCACCUUUGGUGCACGGCCUCGGCGGCUUGGGUGGCUUCAUCUCACCGGGAGGGGCAAAUGUGUCCGCCGGCGAGCGACAGUUGCUCAGCUUGGCCAGAGCCAUGCUUAAGAAGUCCAAGGUAGUGUGCAUCGAUGAGGGCACGGCCAAUCUCAAUGCGGCUAGUGAAAUCGCAAUACGUUCAGUGCUCCGGACGGCGUUCAGGAGCAGCACUGUGAUCUUCAUAGCUCACCGUUUGAGCGGCCUGCAGAACACUGAAAGGAUCUUCGUGAUGGACGGCGGAGAAAUCGUUGAGAGUGGACCACCGAGCAGUCUUCAGGCUGACCGGAAUUCCCUCUUUCACGGCAUGCUGCAAGAACAAGCGCUGAGCGAUCCUACUUAUAAGAUGAAAGACUAGGAAAUUUCCGAACUGUGUGAA